AUGUCCAGUUUUAGCUUUUCAAAUGAUCUUAAUCGUUUAUUGACGAUGGAUGACCCAGUCACAAAAGGACCCUUACCUCGUUGGCAGAAAAAGUUACCGGAUUUAUCUAAUACUAGUAAAAAUUGCAGCCUUAAUUCAUCUAAACUUUCAUCAAAUUCCAAUACAAAGUCUCCUGGAUGUAAAAGUAACCCUGUAACACCAUCUCAACAAACAGGUGACAGAUUUAUUCCUAACAGAAGUGCUUCAAACUUUGAUUUAGGUCAUUUUUUUACAAACAAAAAAAUUCAAGAAGAAGAAGACGAUGACGCUUUACCGAAAAAUGAUAAUCAGAGGAUAUUAGCAGAAACUAUUCAUGGAGGAGAUUUAAAUAAUAUGAAAAUAUUAUCAUAUCAAAAUAAAGCCCCUGCACCUCCUGAGGGUUACAUGAAUCCACUUAGAGUAAUGUACAGUCAAACGAAAUCUUCGAGUACUGUUAAAGGCUCUUCAAGAUACAUUCCACAAUCUCCAGAAAGAAUUUUAGAUGCUCCUGAUGUGAUAGAUGACUAUUAUUUAAAUUUAAUUGACUGGAGUACUACUAAUAUACUUGCUGUAGCACUGUCAAAUUGUGUUUAUCUAUGGAAUGCUGCCACUGGAGCAAUCGAAGAACUUUUGGAGCUUGAGGGAAGUGAUUAUGUUACUUCAGUGGCUUGGAUUCAAGAAGGAAAUUAUUUGGCUGUCGGAACUUUUACAGGAUCAACUCAAAUUUGGGAUUGUAAUGAAAUGAGACGAUUACGAACAAUGGAGGGUCACACUGCCAGAGUUUGCUCACAUUCAUGGAAUCAAUUUAUUUUAAGUAGUGGGAGUAGAAGUGGUCAAAUAAUUCAUCACGACGUCAGACAAAGAAAUCAUACUAUAGCAGUAUUAAAUGGCCAUUCUGAAGAGGUGUGUGGAUUAAAAUGGUCACCAGAUGGAAAAUAUCUUGCCAGUGGUGCAAAUGAUAAUUUGCUUAAUAUAUGGCCUCAAUUACAAGAUCAAAUGUACACAGCUUCACAACCCUUGCACACAUUUAGUGAACAUCAGGCAGCUGUAAAAGCACUUGCAUGGUGUCCUUGGCAACCGGGAGUGUUAGCUAGUGGUGGAGGUACAGCUGACAGAUGUAUUAGAAUAUGGAACAUAAAUAGUGGUUCAUUAUUAAGCACCACCGAUACAAAAUCUCAAUUAAUAUCUGGACAUGGUUAUGCUAAUAAUCAAUUGACAAUUUGGAAGUAUCCUUCAAUGAACAAGGUAACGGAACUCACAGGUCACACUGCCAGAGUUUUACAUUUAUGCACGUCUCCAGACGGGUCCUCUGUUAUGUCUGCUGGAGCUGACGAAACACUCAGACUUUGGAUGUGUUUUGCACCCGAUCCGAAUAAAAAAGGAGAGAAACCUCAGAAAAAAGCAAUUUCCAGUAUUUUAAAACAGAGUAUUAGAUAA